AUGCGAGAAAGGAUACGGGUCGAAGCGGACAAGCCGCUUCCGAAGGAUGAGAGUGACAACUUGUUCAACCCCAUAUGGCUGAGCCAUUUCGAAAAAGAGAAGAAAGCGAAACUGAGCAGCACUUGCUCCACGCUGCAGAGUAAAAGGAGUGGGAACCACCAUGAGUAUAGCUCCAGUUACGACCGUGGAGAUAGCCACCGCUGCAACCGUGGAGAUGGUCUGGGUCACUGGAGGGACGAUGCUAACGAAUGUGAUGACGCGACCUUUUUCAUCCUCCACAAUUUAAAAGAAAACACCCGAAAGGGUUGCACACUCGCAAAGGGAAGUGAAAAAGGAAAGCGAAUUUCCAGAAGGGAGGAGGACACGCUCUUCCCUGCCCAGUUUGGCUCCACAGACGAUGAGAACUUCCUCUUCGGUAAGCAGGUGAGAGGUGACCCUCAAAAAGUUGUGCACACCCUGAGAGGUCCUUCUCAGCGCCAGGAAAGGACGCGGACAAAGGCUAAGGGAACAACAAAGGAAAAUGACACUUCAUGGGGCGAAGGCGCCUGCUUGUUAAGCGGCAAAAGAAGGAAAGACAGACAGGAGGACGGUGCUCUUCGGGGGGACCGACACGAUCGGCGGCGCCACCAAACGAAUGGGCACCACGAAGAGUUGUACCUCAGCGAUGUGUACCACAGUGAUAUGCACGUGAGCGAUAUGUACAGCGGCGACGGGGACUUUCUCCGCGCGGACGGAGAAAGCGCAGAUGGGGGAAGGGCGCAACGCAUGGGUGAAUGGGGUGGCCGUUCCAAGAGGGGGGCAAAGCAGAGUGCAGGGGGAGACCCGGACAAACCACACAAAUCACACAAACCGGGAAAAAUGCGGAAAAUGUCAAAAAUGAAAAAAGUGAGGAAAAUGCAAAGCAUGAGAAAAUCGCGCGGGGGGGAGAAUGGCAAAAGUGGCCUCAUCGGCUGCAGAAGUGGCAGUGUGACCACCCAGUCCAGCUCACCUGACCAGGACUGUUACCAAGCGGAGGAGGAAAGGGGAAAGGCGAAAAAAAAAAAAAAAAAAAAAAGUGACAUAAACAGUACGGACGGAGUGCCUAACCAGAUUGCUUCUCUCUUCUUCAAUCUCAGUGACAUGCGUAAAAAUAAUUUAAGCAAAGCGGAUGGCGUUACGGUGAAAAAAUCUUGCAGGCAUCACUGCAAAGGCGAGAGGACACGGGGUGCGGACGGCCCAAGCGGGCGCGGAGGCCAACUCGAGGGUGCAUCCCCCCCCGAUCGCAAAAAUGGCAGCCCAGCAAAUGGCGCCGCGAGAGGAAGUGCCAAAAUUUCCAGCAAAUAUAGCGCCAAGAAUUACGGCAAAAAUAGCGCCAAGAUUUGCGGCAAAUAUAGCGCCAAAAAUUGCGCCCAAAAUAGCGGCAAAAAUAUUCGCAAAAAAAUUGGCAAACAUAUCGGCAAAUACAUUGCCGACGACGAAGACGAAGACGGAGAGGAAGUCCUCAGCGAAGGGGAAAUCCUCAGCGAAGGGGAAGUCCUCGGCGAAGGGGAAGUCCUCGGCGAAACCCAGGGCGAAAGGCAUAGCAAGGGAAAAAAAAAAAGCGGGAAAAACAGCAGCGGGAGGGAGAAGGACACGGCGGAAAGGGAUGACCGAAGCGGGAACUGCAGUUCGCGCGAGGCAGGCACGAAAAAUUUUGCACAGGGCAGGAGGGGGACGCUGCAUGAUGAUUCGCGCGCCCCUGCGCCCGAGUGGCACUUCGUGAGGUACGGGAGAGGUGACGAAGCCUCUGGCCAGAGCGCAGGGGGAAACCAGAGGGGCAGCCACAGAGGCGGUAGUAGCGGUGGCAGCGGCAGCAAUAGAAGCUGUGACAGUGGAAGCCAUAGAAGCCGCGAUAACGGCAGCAGUAGCGGUUGCAAACGAGACAGCCGCCGUUGCAGCCACCGUCGCAGCCGACGCCGCAGCCGACGCGACGGAGGCCCCCUCUUCGGCGGAAACGUCUUUUUGGCCAGCGAAACUGAGGGAGAAGGGUCCCCCUCGAUUUCUCCAAAGCGUAACGCACGUGUUGUGGUCAAUUCGAGAAGGGCCUUAACCCCAAGCGGUAGCCUUAUCGGAAGCGAGGUCAGCACCACGUCUCGAAGCGACUGUGCGGACAGGGACGCCCCCUUUAAAAAGAACUCAAAGCAGAGCCAGCCUUGGGGCGAACGAACAAUGAAUAGCAACAGUUACUCCCUCCACGACGCGGAGGGCUUUGCGGACGCGCACCAGCAGAGGUACGCAGAGGAGGAUAGUCACCCCCAGAAGGAAUCCGAACAGAGGGGCAAGAAAAAUAAAAAAAAGAAUUCCAAAGGAAUUGAUUUGGAUACAAGUUUACCCGAAAGAGGAAGCAUUGGUGAAGUGGACCGACGAGGUCAUCGCCAGAGUAUUACCCACGAAAAGGAACACAAAGAAAGUACCUCCAAAUAUACACACGUAAUAGCUAGCCAAAAAAAAAAAAAAAAAAACUCAAGUGAAAUUCACGAUGAGGGUAGCAUCCAUGAUGAGAAAAAAACAUCCGUGAAGGAUAACGUGUACGAAAAUUUCAUAAGGGAAUACCAAAAUUUGCAAUCACUCUUUUCGUUUAAUAAGGACAAGAUAGGGGAAGAGAAGGGGGAGGAAGAGGAGGAGAGGAAGAAGGAGAGGAAGAAGGAGGGUGGGGAGAAGGACGAUAGGAAGGACGACCCCUUUGGAGGAUCCCUCAGCAGAGCAUUAGACAAAGAUGUGGAGGAAAACCUACGUGAAGAUGCCCCCUCGAAGAAUCACCUCAGCACGAUGUUAACAACCGAUGGGUACACUAACUCGAAGGGAGAAGCUCCCCCCGUUGAUGCAAAGCGAGGGAAGUCUAGUGACCCGAACAGAAGCGACAAACGGGUGGAGUCCCUGGAGGAACUCUCAUACAACUUUGGCCAUUAUAACUUUAACGAGUCGAUUGACAAGGAAGAAAUUGGAGUGGUUCCCAGGAAAGAUUCCCUCCGAAGUCGUGACAAAGGGUUAGGUGGAAACGAUGAUGCUGGCAGCAGUGGGGUGGUCCCUAUGGGAGAUAACCGACGGGGGAAGACCCACUCGAGUGGAAAGGAAAAUGCCAGCGGGAUGAACGAAGCAGUGACACAUGAACAUGGUGUAGAAAAGAACAGAAGGGGACAAAAGUCAGCAGAUGUGGACCCCUCCGAGGGGGUCGGUGGUAAGAAAAACAAAACUGAAGGGAGCAGCAGACAGGGGAGACGAGAAUCGAGUGGAGGAAGUGUGCAGAGGAUGAGACAAAUUGGGAGUUUGCACAGCGGCGCGAAGGGGAACUCCCAAGAUGGAGAGGCGGACAUGAACGGGGUGCGCGGUGAGAACGCAGAUUUGUUGGUUCGGGAUGAUCUGCUGGGAAGCGGCGAUGUGGUGGGACGCGGCGAUAUAGUGGGACGCGGCGAUGUGGUGGGACGCGGCGAUAUAGUGGGACGCAGCGACGUGGUGGGACGAGACAACCCGCUGGCGCGCGCCGACUCGCUGGGGAAAGUCUCCCUCUCCAGCAACAAAACGGCGCCAAACGAAAACAACUACUUCGAGUACGAAGCGAACAACUCGAAGAAGCUGCUUCACAAAAACAUGAGCAACCUGUAUAGCAUGAACGGGUCGAACCUGACCUUCCACCAGGAUUUCUUUAAAGACAUUUUAUCGUUAAAUGAGGAAAAAAAAAAAGAGAAAAAAAAAAAAAAAUCGAGCAAGCAACACAGCUUUGAUCAGUUCGACGAGCUGUCCUACUUCGCAGAUGUGAAAAGUGGGAAACACUCGAAGCAUAGGAAUAACUGCACCCCCCAGGAGGAUGAAUUCGCCAAGGGUUUUGAUUUCAAGAGGGAGAAGGGGGGGGACAGGAAGGGCAGCAGUGGCGGGAAGAGCGCUGCAGGGGGGAGGAGGAGCUUGCGGGGAGAAGAAGAAAACGAUGAGGAGGGCGACGAUGAAGAAGAAAACGACGACGAUGGCGAAGUGGAGAGGGGGAAGGCCGCGGCGGAAGACAGUGAUGACUAUGGCGAUUGUGACGAUCAUGGUGACCAUGGCGACCAUGGCGACUAUGAUGGGGAAGGCUCCGAAGGCGAUGGGGACAGCUACGGCCACGAAGACCUUCGCGAUGGAGACCACCUGGAAGGCUCGCAGCGGCCGAGCGGAAGCCACAAAGAGAGGAGGAAGAAAAAGAAAUCACAGGGAGAACCCACCAGGAAGAGCAAAAGUGGAAAGCUGGAAAAGGUGAAGAUCGUCGAGGAGAAGAACAAACCCCACAAGCGCAGAAGCGUGAGGGAGAAGCGAAACUCCAAUCGAACCCACAACAAUUCGAUUUGCUCCUUAGGGGAAGACCACCUUUAUGAUGACGCAGGAGAUUUCCUUUACAAUGAAGGGAGAGGUCACCAUCACGAUGGGGCAAUUGGAGAUGACCCCCCAGGUGACAACCUCCACAUCGACGUGUUGGAAGAAUUUCGAAGAGAUGACUCCCAUAAGGGGAUUGUAGGCUACUCAGACGAGGUGCACUACCAAGAAGAAGGAGCAAACUCGGAGAAGGCAAAAAGGAAACGAAAAAACAGUCGACGGAAAAAAGAAGACUCCAGGGAUGAAUACAUGAAGGGGUUCUUCAGCUCCGUCAUGGAUAACCAAAUGUAUAAAAAAAAUCUCAACAGUAAAGACUUUGGCCACAGUUUCGGCCCAGAGGGGGAGGAAGACGCGGAUGAGGAGGGAGAGGACGAGCGGGAUGAUCGAAACGGAAGAGACGCGCGAGAAAAACACAUGCUCAGGAACAUCUCCAAAGUCAUUCGAACCGAAAAUUUAAACACCGAAAUUGAGCUCCUGCGAAACGAAAUUCUGCAGACGAAGAUGUCCAAAGAGAGUCUACCCAGUGUAGAGAAAAAAAAAGGCGCACACAAAAUUGACAACUCUGUGGAGGCGACCCAUAGGAAGAAAAAGUCCUACGAUAAGGAGGAAGAGAAAAGAGCGAGCUUCAUGGGGGGCCCCAGGGUGGACCCAAGCGAGGAUCGUGGAGUGGACCCCAGGACAGCCAAGGCUGGAAGUCACCACAAUGCGAUUCCUUCCACUUACGCGAAGGAGGAAGACGAUUACUACGCCUUCCAUCAUGAAAAGAAAAAAAGAGAAUCGCACGUAAAGUUGAGGGACGUCAGCUUCGAAGAGGAUGACCGGUUAAGAAGACCCAAAGGCAGAAGCAGAAUCGCCGGGAGAGACACAGUCCACUCGUUUAAUGACGAAGGAAGUGGGAUACCUCCUACACAUGGAAACAGCAGCAGCAUCGGAGGAGGGUUGCACCUGAACAAAAGCCUCGAAUUUUUUUCCAACAAUUUUUUGAGCUUGAAAAGAUUAAUCGAGAGAAAAAGUGGGGACCCACAUUACGAUGCAAAGAGGGAAGACGAUUACGUAGACAGGGCAGACGAAGAAGUAAACUUUGACGUGAAAAAAAAAAAAAAAAACUCCUAUGAUGAUUAUGAGCACCCACAGAUGGUGCACAAGAACAGCCACAAAAAUAGCCGCGGACUCAGAUUUGAUAAUUUUUUUGGAAUAAAUAAGCGGAGCAGUGACUCUUUAAGCUUUUACCGGAGCUUCAUUAAGCAGGAAGGGAAAAGUGGAAAGGGCGACCACCGCAAGAAGGGGCGUGGGCGCAGGGACAGCGGGGAGCGCUUCGACUCUGGCUUCGGCGCGGGGUUCGGCAGUGGGUUUGGCGCUGGCUUCGGCGGGGGAUAUGUCACUGGGUUCGGCUCUGACUCGGGCGGGGAGCACACUGGGGCGGCCCGGCGCGCCCCUCGAGGGGAGGAUGCGGAAAAUGCGGAUGACAUGGAAGACGUGGAGGACGCGGAUGACGCGGAGGACGCAGAUGGCGUGACGGAUGGAGAGCACGACGACGACCUGGAGCACGCCGAUAGCGUGGCGGAUGACCCGGUUCGAAGUGCCAGGAGGCGUAAGGGGGAGAAGGCCUUCUCUGCGGGAAGAGCGGCGGACGGGGUGGCCGGCCGCGCAGCUGGUCGUUCGGCCAAGGGCGCUGCUCGCGGCAGGGCCAAAAGGGGUGAGCAGCUUCACAGUGGUGAGCAGCUUCACAGCGGUGAGCCUCUCCACAGUGAAGAUCCCCUCCACAGUGAGGAUCCCCUCCACAGUGAGGAUCCCCUCCACAGUGAGGAUCCCCUCCACAGUGAGGAUCCCCUCCACAGUGAGGAUCCCUUCCACAGUGAAGAUCACCUGCACAGUGAAGAUCACCUGCACAGUGAAGAUCACCUGCACAGUGAAGAUCACCUGCACAGUGAAGAUCACCUGCACAGUGAGGAGCCCCUCCCCAGUGAGGAUCACCUGCGGUGCGGGCCGGGGAAGAGCCACAAAAACGUGAAGAACAUCCUGCUCUCCCUGGAGUUAAGCAACGAAGACAAAAUCCACAAGGUGAGAAAAAUUCUUUACUACUCCUCUAGCGAUGAGAAGAAGCUGAUGAUCAAUGAGAUUCUAAACACGCUGUAUGUGUACCCCCAGCUGUAUGUCGCCUGUAUCAUUUGCCUUUUUUACUUAUUCAUUUUGGACAAUGAAUUGUUCGAAAGGAACUUCAAUUCUGAUGACUUGGUUUAUUUGUUUAAUGAGAAAAUAGAUUUUAGAUACGCCGAGUGGUUUCUGAAGACCUACAUUUUUUAUAAGUUUAAAUUUUCCGGGGGGACGCACUCCAGUGAGUACUACAAGAACUGCGUGCGGAGUGCCGUGGGGAGUGACGGCAAGCAGGGCAGCGUCGACUUGGAGGAGGUGGAGAGCCCCCCCGGGGGAGAAGCGGGGAGAGCGGCAGGGGAAGCGACAGACAAAGCGGCAGGGGAAGCGACAGACAAAGCGGCAGGGGAAGAGGCAGACAGAGCGGUCGGGGAAGAGGCAGACAGAGAUCCAGACAACGUGGCAGACAGAGCUCCAGACCGGGCUAGCGACAGAGCCCCGGACCGAGUCAGCGACAGGGGCGGCCUGCGGGAGAGGCACAUACAAGACAAAAUGUUCGACGUCUUCUUCGAGGGGUACCACUCGAGCGUGGACCCCGCGGACAACUACUUCUGCGAGAGGAGGAGCCACAUGGCGAGGGGAGAGAGGGAUGCCCACGACCUGUGGAAAAGCAUAGAGAAGCUCAAAUGCGUGGGCUACAAAGAAUGCAAAACGUUACUGAAGCUAUGUUUAAAAAAUGAAAAACAAAAAAAUAUUAAUCAAUUAAAAGCAAGUAAAAUCCGAAACUUGGUGAUUUCCAUUUGGUCCAAUAUUUACACCUCUCGUCCGAAAAAAUCUUUUUUGAAAAUAAUUUUUAAUUGGCUGAAUUGCAAAAAAGACGAUUUAAAUAAAAAGAAAAAUUUGCUUUAUUUGUUGCAGGCAGAGAAGAAGAAAAACGUCCAUUUGCAAAAAAUUUGUUUCUCCUACUUUUUAAUGUAUAUAAUAAAACAUAAGGAGGAGUGCUCAAAUGAUUUGAUAUAUUCCCUGUACUUGAUUGAGGAGGGUGAAUUGAAGAAGUAUUCGAGGGAUUUUUUCCAAAUGAAUAGGAUCGAUGUGAAUCAGUUUAUCUCCAUAUGGAACGUCAUGUGUAUUCUUUUUUGGGACACGAAAAAGAUUAACGACUUUGCCUUUUUGCACAAGAGCAAAUUUUACUACUACGACUUUAUGCUCAUCUUUUUUAGGGCCUUCUACGAGUACGCGUGCGUCAACAAGGGCGUCGAGCGCGGCGCGCUCUACUUGAGGAGGGCAGGAGCAGCGGCGGCAUCAGCAGCAUCAGCAGCAGCAACCGCAGCAACCGCAACUGCUGGAGCAGACGCGGCGGACGGCGCGCUCGCCCCCCCGCGCAGGAGCCACUCGCUCUCCAACUGCUCCUCCAACAAGGACGACACGCAGGAGGACGAGGGCGACGGCUACCUGAACCUCUUCGACGUGGAGAACAUAAUCAAUAACUUUAACUUCGAUGAUUUUGUCAGCAGCGAGCUGCGCAGCAGCAGCUACUUCGACGCCUUCCUGGGGGGCGGCCCCGCGGCCAGGCGACCAGAGCCCUUCCCCGCGGAUAAGCCGGGCGAACCCGCCAGCCAGGGCGGCCCGCAGCCCGCCUUCGCGCCCAGCGCCCAGCGAAGCGCAUACCCAAACGACAGCAGCGAAAUGGAGAAUCUACUCCUCCUAGGCAUAUGCAUCAAAAUUGUCAUCUGCAGAAUCUCCAACCUACUGAACGCCAAGUCCUGUCUGGAACAAUUUAAUUACUUUCUAAACAACCAAAAACUGGGCUUCAGGACCUUUAAGAAUGCUCAUAUGGUCCUGGUCUAUUUCAUUCCCUUCUUUAAGAGGUAUUUUUUUCUGUGGAAAUUUAUUGAACACGAAAUUGAUGUAGAGAUAAUGACUCUCCUUCAGGACAUUCUCAACGAUUUGGAGCAUAUCCAGGCUACUUCCUCCAGCGCCUCCACGGACGCUUCCCACCCCCCUUCGGAGAGAGACCCUACGUGA